UCACACGACGACGCGAGGAAUUCUACGCGAAGAAGAUGCAAAUCGAACGAAGGAAACGAAAUGCGCGAGCGCUCUGCGCACUUGUUGUUUCUGCGACGCUUGCGAACACCGCGAGCGCGCAAUUAACAUACAUCGCAGGAUACGAGCCACGCUCCAACGUCGUCCAACAUUCCCAAGUCGACUUGGACAUAAGGGAUAUCAUUAGUUCUUUCCCGAAGUGGAAGGGUGGAGACAGCAUUUACAAUGGCGGACUUCUGAACGACUGCACCACAGUGGCAGGCGCGUGCAACUGGAAUGGGACCAGUAGUCUAUACCCAACAUUGUGGGACGGCACUUGUACGCACACCUGCCCUGCUGCUGACUCGGCAAAUCCGGGCCAAAAGUGCACUUUAAGCGCGGCGGAUGCAUGUUUGUCCACUUACGGUAUUUAUAAGUAUGGUAAGGGAUCGUUCAAGGGGAACAACAAGGAUGACGCGGCGUCGAUGCGGACGCUUCGCGGGUUUGCAACGAAACUUGGUGAUAAGGGUGCCUCAGCGCGUGUUGCCGCGAAAAACAACCCGUUUAUCAACAAAAUGAAUAAAUACUGGGCGAAACAGGGGCUGAAUGAAUUGACUUGGGGUCAAGAUAUCAUCGAAGCUGCUUUCAAAGGUACUUGUGUCAAGAACGGUAACUCGUGUGUAAAAUCAGGGGGAGUAAAUCUUCUCGAUUUUGGCACGGUCGGAAACGACUUCAGGGUGGAAGUGAUAAAGAAAGGUAUUAUUUACUUGAACAUCUUUCCUUACGUCAUUUGGGAAUUUCAAGACGCUAUCAACGACUGCCAUGGUGGUGACUUGGGCGCGAACGAUGAAAUUCCCGGAGGAGGUUCAGUACACGCUUGGGAUGAAGCCGUAGCCUUUUACACUGGUUCGCUCGAGGGCAUCUUAAAAGGCGGUAACAAUGGCCUCGCCUCAUGCGAUGACGGUAAUUGUGAGUUGCAAUUUCAACUGUCAGAUUAUCGCUGCACGAACUUCGGUACCUGCACCGCCGAUGCUGAUGGUGACCCGUGGAGUGGAUACUCAAAAAAUAAUGAAGAGAUCUUCAAACUCUUUCAACAAGGUGAAGGUGAAAUUACUGAAGCCGCUGCAAGCUCCAAUACUGCGGCGACGAAAUGUGACUUGCCGGAUCGCACCCACGAAAAGGCUGUUACGAAAAUGCUUGUUCCUUUCGUGCAAGGAUGCAUGAGGUACUUGUGGAAGACAAAAGAUUCGCAGAAAGCUAAGGAAGCAGGCGAGCUCUUUGCGUUUGCAUCCGCUGCACUUCCUUUUAUCGAUGCGGUAGACCCUGUCGCCGCUACUAAGUUGUUCACACGUGCGUGGAAACUAGAUUUCACUACUUACACGUAUGAAGAAACUAAGCAGGGCAUCGAAGGCACCCUUUCGAGACUCGGUGCUGGUGAGGGCAUUGGUACAAUAUCUUGCGCUGACAUUGGCGACCUCGUUGACAGCAGUGAUCAACUGCUCGCUGCUGGCUGCACGGAUCCCUCAUCUCCCUCAUCUUCCAAUAAUGACACCACUCUCGGGCUGGGUAUUGGGAUUCCACUGGGUGCCAUCGCAAUCACCGCGUUGGUAUUUGUCGUGCUUUUGUGGCGAAAGAGCUCAGCAAACAGCAAGCGAGUCGAAGAGUUAACCAUGCAGCUGAGAGGUCCUGGUAAGGACUUCUAUCCGUGAGAGGUCCUGGUAAGGACUUGAGUCUUCUCUAUGAGGUGCUGCUCCGAUAGGCUACUACAUUGAGCCCAGCACAUUGAGCCCAAGAGCGAAGAGCUCGUUUAAUUUAAUGCACAUACUACUUGAAAUACCGUCU